CAGUUCUACAUUGUCAUAUUUGUUGAUAUUGUAAGUAAAGUCAACAAUAUCAUUCAUGGACGAUGAAAAGACACGCAAAGGAUGACUAGGAAAAAAUAGGAUAAAGUGCAUAAAUUAUUUAAAAAUGUCUAGAACGCAUAUGCGUCCUGUGUUCGGACGUGCCCCGUCUUGUUCUCUGGAACAAAGAUUAGAAGAGAGAAGAGCCAGAUUGAAGGCUUUAAAGUUAGAACAGAGUAGAAAAUCUGAGAAACCCGAAGAUUUUAUUACUUACGAAGAUAGUGAUAGCGACGAGGAACCACUAUCGGUGCAGAAAGAUAUAUUGAAUACGUCUUUCAAUUUCGUCGACUAUGUUAGAAAUAGAGAAAUGCAGUGCACCAAAUCGAGUUCUGUAACGCCGGAUUACGGCAGUAGGCAUAUGUUAACUCACGAAAUGUUUAAAGAGACUCCAAUAAAUUUAGGUAAUAUGAAUAAAGUGUUUUGUUCGCAGUGGUUAAGUGAUAGACAAGUUGUUUUCGGGACGAAGUGUAAUAAGUUAAUGGUAUAUGAUGUUGUGACGCAUAAAAUAGACCAAAUACCAUCAUUGUUAAGUAAAAGGGAUCUCCUUGGUACUGAACAACAGCAAAGUGGUAUUCAUUCAGUACAAAUUAACCCCUCAAAAACCCUUCUGGCGACGGGAGCUAGAAAUACUUGUGAUAUCGCGAUUUAUAGAUUGCCUACUUUAGAUCCAGUUUGUGUGGGAGAAAAUGCCCAUAAAGAUUGGGUAUUUGAUAUGUGUUGGUUGGACGAUGAGUUUUUAGUCUCCGGUUCGAGGGAUACGAAAAUGGCUUUGUGGAGAAUUACCCCGGAAUUAUUGGAAAGUACUGAAGAAAUACCGAGGCAUCGACAUAUCCAAGCCAUAUCCGUGAAAGAUUGUAGGGGGGCUCAAAAGGUUCGCGCUUUGACUUUCAAUAAGAAAUACGACGAAAUAGCAGCUCUAAGUUUAAACGGAUACAUACACAUUUGGAACGCGGAAAAUUUCAAACAGAAAUUAUCUAGAAAAUUACCAUCUGCUCAAGAAAACGUCUGUCUAGCUGUACAAGACACCGGACUGUACGCAAUAGGUUGUAGAUCUUAUACGUUGCUGUUGGAUUGUCGAACGUUGCAGGCUGUUAAAAAGGUGAAUUCAAGAUAUUCAGGUUGCGGUAUCAGAUCUGCUAGUUUCCAAGGGAAUGUACUCACAGUUGGGACCGGUUUGGGUAUGCUCAUGUUCUAUGAUCUCAAAGCUGGUAAAUACCUCGAUUCUAGUAUCAAUUCUUCUCGAACGGUCGUACUCAAAGCCAGCAAAGGUUACGUGUUUCCCGACGACGAAUUCAUCGAUAACAUACAAAACGUCAAAUACGUACCAGCCAUCUAUACGCAUUGCUACGAUACCACCGGUACGAGAUUAUUUACGGCGGGCGGUCCGUUACCGGCCACCUUAACCGGAAAUUACGCCGGCCUGUGGCAAUAAACGUAAAAUAUUUAUUCGAAUGAUCAGAAUUUCUAUCACAAAAACAAAAUACAUUUAAACGUCCCCUCGUUUAUAUACGUAUUCACUUAUAUUUGCGACUUUACCUCGUAUACUGUAUCUAUUAUAGUGAACGAGGCGUUAUGACAGUUGACAGAUAACUUCACAUAACCUAAAAUUUCAGUUGACAGAUAACUUCAUAUAACGUAUAAUUGACAUAACUUUAUAUAACCUAUAAUUAUGGUUGACAGAUUGAGUGACAGUUGACAGAUAACUUCACAUAACCUAAAAUUUCAGUUGACAGAUAACUUCAUAUAACGUAUAAUUGACAUAACUUUAUAUAACCUAUAAUUAUGGUUGACAGAUUGAGUGACAGUUGACAGAUAACUUCACAUAACCUAAAAUUUCAGUUGACAGAUAACUUCAUAUAACGUAUAUUUGACAGAUAACUUUAUAUAACCUAUAAUUAUGGUUGACAGAUUCAGUGACAGUUGACAGAUAUAAAUUUUUGUGAUUAGUGUUCUGUUAUUUUAAGUGAAGAAUUAUUAUUUUUUGUUUCUGAAGUAUAUAUAGGGUGAUUUAUUUUUUCAAGAAAAUAGUUGUUUUAAAUUUGGAUAUAAUUUUUUUUAUACAUAUUAAAUGGAUCACACUGUAUAAAGAUAGAAAAAUUGUUUUAUUUUCUUGUAUAUAAACUAGUCGAGGUUAUUUAUUUUAUAUUUUAGCUCAUUUUUUUUUAUAGGAAUGACUCUUUAUGAAUUUGGUGAUGUACGAGGUGUAAUUAAAAAAUACCAUGAUUUAUUUUAUGAAUAGAUUUUUAUGUAUUCCAACGUUUCUGGAUUUUUAGGAAAAUUUAAAUGUGAUGGAAAUUGACAGAUUUUUAUUGACAAUAAGGGGGGGCAUUUUUAAAUUUUUUUUAUUCGUACAUCAUUUCCAAUAUCUCCUCGUAGUUCACAAUGGAAUUUUUUAGGUUUUUCCGUAUAAAUAGACAAAUUUUGAAAUAUUUUGUUCUCAUUUUUCCUUUUGCCAUUUCUAUAGCACCGUUUUUGAAAAUACUAAUUCAUUUUACUUUUUAAACGUACCUCGUAACUUUUUUAGCAUUUAAUUGAAGGAAAAAAAUAUUUUCGUACAAUAUGAUGAAGUUAAAAAAAAUUUUCGUUUACAAAUUACGAAUUUUAAUUCUAUAUUUUGUUUACCAGGGGCGGAUGAUAUUUAGGUUAUGCAGUUUCGAAAUCAAAUUAAUAGAAAUUAUCUUUUUUUGUGAUUUAUUUUGUUUUGAGGGCGGCACUACUUGUAUACAGCAUGGAAAUUUUUACAAUAAACUA